CUUCUGCCGGACUGAUGCUCCAACAGGCCACUGCUUCACAUGGUUUUCGCCGACUACGGCUUUUCCUCAACUAAAAUCUAAAUUGCAGACUGACUACAUUUUCAAACCACAUCAUGUCGACGAAGCGACAUUUUCCUCACCUCACCUCACCGCUUCCCUCAUCACCCCAACAUACUCAGCAGGUUAAUAAAGGCAGCGCCAAUAACAUAUUUGAACUCGUCUUUGCUUUAGAUUUCCAUCUAGAUCCCAAAAAAUGUCGAUCGAAGACCCGCAAGUUGACUCCGACGCUUCCAGCGAUGGAGCCCCGGAUCUUGAAAACGUCAAGGAUGGCGCCGUAUACUUCUAGAUUUUCUGAUUUUUUUAGACUGUGCUUGUUUUGUGAAUUAGAUUUUUGAUUUUCGGAGAACUUCGUUUGACAAGAGGGGACACUAGACUGAGACUAGUGGAUAGUAGAAUGCAUGGGCCCCUUGUUCCGAGACCACAGUGCUGCUACUGGCACCCGCAAAUGUGCGAAUGGAACUACAUCGCAGUCGUGCUAUUUCUGUAGAAUAUCUGUCGAUUAGUUGGCAAACAGGGCAUUUUUAAACUUUGUCGACGCAAAGCAAUUUAGAUCAGUUUUUUCGCUACAUCCUUCCAUCGGAAGCGGAAUCUCCUCGUCUAAAAAACACAGGACAUGAAGCAGAACCGAGCUGAAAAGAAGUGCAGAAAAGCCGUUCAGAAGUUGGGGCUCAAGGCUGUGCCAGGAAUUAUUCGUGUCACGGUACAACUACUGAGAUUCUAAAUCAUACUGUUGGAUCGUAUGUUCUUCAAUUUGUGGUGUCGAACAACCUGUCGACGACCUCUUGUCCUACAUCAAAAAGAUCAACCCCAAAGAUUGGUAUUUAUAGGCUCCGUUUGUUUUCUAUCCACCGUUCGUGUAAAAAGAAUAUCAUUUCCUUUGGUCUUCCUCGGUCUAUCUCAUUAUAUAUAAUAUUACAGCCUCACUAAACGUAAACUACAUAGGUCAAGAAGCACAAGAAUAUCCUCUUCGUUAUCUCGAAGCCGGAAGUUUUGAAGGCUGGAAACAGCGAAACUUACGUUAUCUUCGGAGAAGCCAAGAUCGAGGAUGUUGCGGCAUCGGCACAGGUAGACUAGGAUUCUAGACAGAGUCGAGCUAAUCGUAAUCGAGUAGAUUGGAAGUAACUACGACCUCUAUCGUACGUUGAAGAUGUUGACGUGCCAGGAUGUUCUUCUUUCCUCUGAGUUGCUUUUUCGGUGCUGACAUUGAUGACCACCUCUAUUUUCUCUCAGAAUUGUAGGACGUGUAACACUAAAAAUCGUGGUGAACAAAGUCAUCUCUUCUCUUACUCUCUUCAAAUCAAGACUCCUACUUCUCGUCUCUUUCUCUUACUCUCUUUGUCUGUAAUCCACCACCACAAAAAAAAACAGCGUCAGCAGAUGAUGAUGCAGGCAGCAAAGAAGCAGCAAGAGGCCGCAGCAGCGAAGGCUUCUGAGGCAGCCCCUGCUAAGAUCGAGGAAGUUGCCGAGGAAGCUGCGCCAGCCGAUAAGGGCAACGUCGAAGAAAAAGACAUCGAGCUCGUCAUUCAGCAGGUAACUCUAAGUGUUCAAAAUUGACCGCCGUGGACUCUGAUUAAUAUGACGUUGUGAAGAAGCAUAUCGAUGAAGUGCGGUGAUUCGUCAUGUUCAUCUUGCCGUUCUUUCAUUACAACUAUUCUCCACAAUUAUAUCUCGUCAUUUCAGGUCAACUGCUCUCGCGCCAAGGCUAUUGAGGCACUGAAGAAGAAUAACAACGAUAUCGUGGAGGCUAUCAUGUCGCUGUCUUAAGCGGACGGAAGACGCGCUUACCCAUCUUCUCCGCUAUACUUCAUGUCUUCACCUUAUUCUCCCCAUAUGUGAAGAUAUUCUAGUUCCCAGCCUCCUAGGAGAAAUCAGUGGGCGGUGAUACGACACCCUCUUAGAUGAUGUCCAGGUGUACUUGUACUAUUGCUUGUUUUCCAGAUUUGAUCACGAAUAAAGCUUGAAUAACUAACGUUGUCAUAAACACGCACUUUGUAUUAUUUGUAGUUGUCGUCCAAGAACCUGACUUCUCUCAUUUCAUCGAUGAGAGGAGCAGCUUUUAUCAUCGUUUAUCUGUAUGUUCUGUUACGAUUCCUUAAUCCAUAUUAGAAAACAUGAAACCUGUGGGGGUAGAAAACGGUAAUCGACCGACGCUGAUUCUCGCACCCCCUCUAGAAUAAAUUGAGUCCUUAAAAAGUAAUGACUACUUGUGUGUAGACACCAGGAUCACCUGAAGAAGGAAGAUUACGCAGCGUGGUUUUGGUGCUCGAUACGUUGGGGCAUCGUGCGUGUGAUGGCUUGGCUCAAACCAAUACUGAAUACUUCUGACAACAACUACUUCUCAACCUGCACCACGUUCGAGGUAGAGACGUCGGCAAAGCCAGCCUCACAUUCCCUCUGUCCCUGGAUGAAACAAGAAUGAACAAAGUUUUUAUCUCCUUCAGAUGGAUGAUUACUUACUACAAAGAACAACAAAAACGAAUACUUAGACUCCGUUGGUCCCGGGUGGCCGACCACCUCGUGUCCGGAUUGUCGCU